ACCGGGGCACGAACCCGUGUCCCCUGCAUCGGCAGGUAGACUCUCAACCACUGUGCCACCAGGGAAGCCCUAUAUGUGGAUUUUUAAAAGUACGUAAUACAGUACUACAUGAUCCAAGGUUGAUUGAAUCUGUAGAUGGAAACUGGAUAGGGAGGGCUGGCUGUAAAGUUAUACUCAGAUUUUCAACUGCUCAGGGGUCAUCGGUGCCCCUAACCCCUGUAUUGUUCAGGGGUCAACCCUAUUCUGGAUACAAAGUCCCUAAUCAAACAUACGACUUGCAAUUAUUUUCCUCCAGUCUUCCACAGGUUUGUUUUUUUUUCUUUUUUUUAAAAAUUUUCUUAAUGAUGUCUUUUGAAGUACACAAUUUAAAAAUUUUGGUAACGUAUAAUUUAUAAAUUUUUUCUUUUGUCAUUUGUGCUUUUGCUGUUGCAUCUGAGAUCUCUGCCUAACACAAGGAGCCUGGACAACAGAGCUCAGCCUGCCCCCACUUCUGCGUCCAGUCAGGACACCCUCAUGCCACCUGUAGAGAAGAGGGAGCAGAUUUGAAAUCGAGUCCAGGCAUCUGAUGUUCCUAGACAGAGCCGGACUUCGAACGCUGUGUCCUGCUACUCCUGCUGGGGCUCCUCCAGAUGUCAUGGAGCUGGGUCUGUCUCCACCUCAUCUCAGCAGCUCCCCAGAAGACCUGUACCUGGCCCCUGGGACCCCUCCUGGGACUCCCCCACCUCCCGAUGUUCCUCUGUCUGGGGAGGUGAAGAGGUCCCAGCCUCUGCCCAUUCCGACCAGCAGGAAACUUCUUCGACAGGAGGAGCUGCGGUCAACCUCUCUACCCUCCAUCCCCAACCCCUUCCCCGAGCUCUGCAGUCCUCCUUCACAGACCCCCAUUCUUGGGGGGCCCUCCAGUGCAAGGGGGCUGCUCCCUCGAGACACCAGCUGCCCCCAUGUCAUAAAGGUGUACAGUGAAGAUGGGGCCUGCCGGUCAGUGGAGGUGGCAGCGGGCGCCACGGCUCGCUACGUGUGUGAGAUGCUGGUGCAGCGAUCUCAUGCCCUGAGUGACGAGAACUGGGGGCUGGUGGAGGGCCACCCCCACCUAGCACUGGAACGGGUCUUGGAGGACCAUGAGUCGGUGGCGGAAGUGCAGGCUGCCUGGCCCAUCGGCGGAGACAGCCGCUUUCUCUUCCGGAAGAACUUUGCCAAGUACGAGCUGUUCAAGAACACCCCACACUCCCUGUUCCCAGAAAAGAUGGUCUCCAGCUGUCUGGACGCACACACGGGCCUAUCCCACGAAGACCUCAUCCAGAACUUCCUGAAUGCAGGCAGCUUCCCAGAGAUCCAGGGCUUCCUGCAGCUACGGGGGUCAGGACGCAAGCUUUGGAAACGCUUCUUCUGCUUCCUACGCCGGUCUGGCCUCUAUUACUCCACCAAGGGCACCUCCAAGGACCCGAGGCACCUGCAGUAUGUAGCGGAUGUGAACGAGUCCAACGUGUACGUGGUGACCCAGGGCCGCAAGCUCUACGGGAUGCCCACGGACUUCGGCUUCUGUAUCAAGCCAAACAAGCUUCGAAAUGGCCACAAGGGGCUUCGCAUCUUCUGCAGUGAGGAUGAACAGAGCCGCACCUGCUGGUUAGCCGCCUUCCGCCUCUUCAAGUAUGGGGUGCAGCUGUAUAAGAAUUAUCAGCAGGCACUGUGCCGCCACCUGCGCCCACCCUGUGUGGGUUCCCCGCCCUUGAGGAGUGUCUCAGACAACACCCUGGUGGCCAUGGACUUCUCUGGCCACGCCGGGCGUGUCAUCGAGAACCCCCGGGAAGCUCUGAGUGCCGCCCUGGAGGAGGCCCAGGCCUGGAGGAAGAAGACGAACCACCGACUAAGCCUGCCCACCCCGAGCUCCGGCACGAGCCUCAGUGCAGCCAUCCACCGCACCCAACCCUGGUUCCACGGACGCAUUUCCCGCGAGGAGAGCCAGCGGCUCAUCGGGCAGCAGGGCCUGGUAGACGGCGUGUUCCUCGUGCGAGAGAGCCAGCGGAACCCGCAGGGCUUUGUCCUCUCGCUGUGCCAUGUGCAGAAAGUCAAACAUUACCUCAUCAUGCCGAGCGAAGAGGAGGGGCGCCUGUACUUCAGCAUGGACGAGGGCCAGACUCGCUUCACCGACCUGCUGCAGCUUGUGGAAUUCCACCAGCUGAACCGCGGCAUCCUGCCCUGCUUGCUGCGCCACUGCUGCACCCGCGUGGCCCUCUGACCACCACACAGGGCCACCAUGAGGGACCUGGACUGCUGGGGGCCUCUAGAGGCAGCAGCUGGCUCAGCCCUGAGCUGGGUGCUGGAAAUCGGCAGCUGGACAUCCUUGACAUCCUGGUCAAUGAAAUCUAUGCAGCCUCCAAGUUCAUGAGCGGAGGACCUCCUGGUGCAGGCCUGAGGGUUCCACCUCAGGUCAGUGACCCUGUCUGGCUCCUUCCUCUUGCUCCGGUGCCAGACACACCGAGGAGGGAGGGAGGGAGGAAAGGAGAGAGGCAGGGGAGCCCAAGGACACUCAGAAAGAUCCUUUCUUCUGAACUGUCUACAUGAGCACUUUUCAAGUGUUCCAGCAGGGGUUUGGGGGCAGGUUGGGGAGCUCUGGAGGGAGCACUGCCUUUAUAUCUGGGAGUUCGGCUUCAUGGUGUAUUUGGGAAACAAAAAAAAAAGGCUUCCACUACUGAACCACUUCUCUGGUCCAGCAGGCAGAAGAGAGGAGCCAGAGAGGUCAGGGGUUGGUCCAACUUGCACAGAGGUUGGGGAGUGGUGGGGGUCUGUAGCAGAACCUCAGCUUUGGGGCGUGGGCGUGAGGUGUGCAGUAGUCUCUUCAGACAGAGCUUUCAGCUGGGGUAGGGAGUUGGGAGAGGAGGCAAAAGAGAGAAUCGUAUCUUGGGGGAGUUUGAUGUUGCAGACUGGCAUCAAGAACCACAGGGGAAAAAAAAAAUAAAAGAACCACAGGGGAGUGGGUGAUCCUGGGGGCUGAGGCUGGUGCUCGGGGGUCCCUCAUGAUGUCCAUACAGGAAGGGGUGUUGGGAAGCGGUACCAUUUGGGCUGAGAAGGGUCGUGCUGUACCAGGCCCUAAUGAGGCCUGAAAUUCAAUCUCAUGUGGGUUGAGCUAUGAUGGCUUCUAGCGUCCUCUUGCAGGGCCGCGUCUACCCCAAGGAAAGGGCAGGUUUUUCUUUCCCAGGCACCUGGAGGGCUGUUUAGCCGGAGCUGUGUUUUCAUGGAACAACCCGGCCUGCACGCGGUCGCCGGCGCCGACGGGCUCGAGCUGUCGCGGAGCUGCGGGCACCUGUCUGGACAGAGCCCCCUCCGCCUC